AGUAGAGGCAAAAGGUUCGCAAAUCUGACAAUAUUAAAGCUUUGAUUCUCUUUGAAAUCGCUUUACUUAACCUUACUGUCUCAUUUCUCAAUCAUUUCUAACUGAAGUUCCCUCUGUUUAGAUUGCAGAUGUGUUUAUGAAAGAUCUUUAGUCUAAUUGGAUUGAUGCGAAUGACCUCAGUAUUGAUCUUAAGUCUAUUCUAAGUUUGACCCACUAUUCAUUACAGAGUUGAUCUUUCACAGUGUUUACAGUGAGGUUAAUAGAAGCCAUGACUCGAGCUCCCGUGGGUGGAGUACUUAACCGAGGGCCAUGGACUGCUGAGGAAGAUAAGUUAUUGAAAAAGUAUAUUGAGGCUAAUGGCAUACAACGCUGGAGCACUCUUCCCCAAAAAGCUGGUUUGAUGCGGUGUGGAAAGAGUUGCAGAUUACGUUGGAUGAAUCAUCUGCGCCCCAAUGUCAAGCGAGGCCAUAUCUCUCCAGAUGAAGAGGAUCUCAUCAUUAGGCUUCAUAAUUUGCUGGGUAACCGAUGGUCAUUGAUUGCAGGGCGAGUGCCAGGCAGAACAGAUAAUGCGGUAAAGAACUACUGGAAUACUCAUCUGAGCAAAAAGUUAGGCAGUAAAUCCUUUUCACGGGGCAAGGCCCUGGCACAGAUCGUUGAAGGGCAGCCAUUAAGCUGUCAGAAAGAUUCGAUGGUUUUACCCUUGCAUUUUAAGCAGGAUUAUCCAGAUUCUCAACUAGCAGAUGCCAAUAUGAAAUACAGUGGGACUAAACUACCAGAUUCGACCAUUUUGGAGGAUGGCUAUAAAACUGACAGAGCUGAAGAUCAAAUCUUUGGCAGUACAGGAAGUAUAGAACCGUGGGUUAUUGAGAUUAAUAUGGAAGAAGACAUUUUUCUACCAAUAACUCGGUUUGAGCAAAGUAUUAGCACCACAGAAUUGUGUUCAGAUUUUUUUAUUUCAUCUUGGACUUGCUCUGACAAUCUCUAUUGGGAGAAUGAUUUCGUCUGAUACAUAUUUUCUUUCUUCAACUUAUUGCAGAUUCUGAGAAAUAGUUUGUGGAGUGUAAAAUGUCGUUAUUUGGGUUCAUUGAUUUAGUAUAAUAAUUAUUGGACAUGGGCAGAGUAUAUACCUGCACAGUUCAACAAGUGUUCACCAUGUCUAAGUGGGCUGGAAGACCUGAAGGCAAUAAUUUGUACUGGUAAUUUCUGACUUUAUAUUGAAACGAGUUGUUUAUUCAAGUAAUCUGUAAGUUUGUUGAAAGAGUAGAAAAUCUCGACUUACAGCAGACUUAAAACAGAAUAAAGAUUAAGAAAGUAAGAGACCUGCAGUUGGGCACUCAGCAGAAAAUAAAAGGUGUGUAUUAUUCUUUAAAAAAUUUGUAGACUAACACUCUGUUUGUUCUGGCUUAUUACAAAGCCAAUGAGGCGUUUGUUAUAUAUAUUUUUAACACUUUAGAAUUGGAUUGAUAAAAAUAAUUCAACUAAUCUUUUAUCAUGCGUAAACUGAUGUAGUUAAUACACUAUCCUAUGAUUAGGAGCAACCAUUAAUAAAAAUUGAUCAUCUAAAAUUAGCUUUCCAAUUGCAUGGACAAUUUUCUUAAAU